AUGUUACUUGAAUUUUAUAAUAUUACAAGUUGUAAAUGGGAUGUUGACUUCGAAAACGACAUUUGGAGUAACAUACUGUUGUUGACGCGCAAUUUUUACGUCUGUAAAGAUCCUUUCUUCAUGGCAGUAAUGGCCAGUUUGUUUGUAGCCAUAUUCGCUUGGUUGCUAAGUGUAAUUACACAAAACCAUUCACAGAUUGAUAGGCUUUGGACUAUUUUACCGGAGAUUUAUACCUGGCACUUUGCCCUUUACGAUUGUCUUAAAGAUUUAUCUACUUGUAAUCUUGGAUGUCUAAAUGCGCGUGGUGUUAUCAUGAGCAUUUUAGCAACAUUGUGGGGCGUUCGUCUUUCUUAUAAUUUUAUGCGCAAAGGUGGUUACAGUUGGAACGUUUGGUCUAUUGGUGAUAGUGCUCCUUUGAAUAUCUUGGAUUUGGUAUGCUGUGUAUUGUUUUUAGGAUUUUGGAUUGGUGAAUUUAUCGCAGACGAACAGCAGUGGAAUUUUCAAACGGAAAAACGAAAAUUGAUUGCCGCCAGCAGUUCUAAAACAGUACCUAUGAUACUUGAGAGUAAUUAUUCGUUGGGUUUUUUAACCAAUGGACUAUUUCGCUAUUCCAGGCACCCAAAUUAUUUUUGUGAAAUGGGUCUUUGGUGGACAUUCUAUGUCUUUUCAAUUGCUGCCGGUGGUAAUGAUUGGCUUUUUAAUUGGUCUAUAAUUGGCGCUAUGAAUUUGACGAUUUUAAUGUGUGCGUCCACCAUUUUUACUGAGAACAUCUCGAAGAAGAAAUAUCCAUUAUAUAAAAAAUAUCAGAAGACUACUAGUAUAUUAAUUCCAUGGUUCCCUGUUCCAAUAUCUGUAUCUAAACAAAGUUUAAGAAAAGCAUAUAAUAUAACUAUUGCGCAAUUAUCAUCAACUUUUCUAGAAAAGAUGCAGUCAAACGAGGGUUAA